AUCUUUGUCCGGGUAUAUACUUUUUUCUUGCUGUUUCAUCAGGUUCAUGGACAUUUCUCUUUCUUGACCCUCCUUGUUUUUAUUUCUCUUGUUAAGUUAAACCACCAUGUUAAAUGGCACUGGAGUCAAAAUCUUUACUGGGACAAGCCAUCCCGAGCUCGCGGAGAUUAUUGCACGACGCCUUGGUCUGUCCCUAGCCAAAGCUGAAGUGACAAAGAGCGGCAUUGGCGAGACGCAGGUGUGCAUCGCCGAGAGCGUGCGUGAAAACGAUGUAUACAUCAUCAACACCGGCUGCGGGGCGGUCAACACGGCGCUGAUGGAGCUUUGCAUUAUGAUCCACGCUUGCAAGAUUGCGAGUGCAAAACGCAUCACUGCGGUCGUGCCGCUGUUCCCGUACGCUCGGCAAGACAAGAAGGACAAAAGUCGUGCUCCAAUUACUGCGAAACUCGUCGCAAACAUGUUACAAAAGUCGGGGUGUGAUCACGUCAUCACGAUGGACCUUCAUGCCUCACAAAUCCAAGGGUUCUUUGAUGUUCCCGUGGACAAGUGGCUGUACGCCGAGCCUUCAUCGAUCCAAUAUAUCCGCACGCAUUUUGACGUGAAGAACGUGGUGAUCGUUUCGCCCGAUGCUGGAGGUGCCAAGAGGGCGACGUCGAUUGCGGACCGACUGGCCGUCGACUUCGCACUGUUUCAUAAAGAGCGGAAAAAGGCGAAUGCAGUAUCUCGAAUGGUGUUAGUUGGACACGUCAAAGACAAAGUAGCGAUUUUGGUGGACGACAUGGCGGAUACGUGUGGAACGCUAUGUCUUGCAGCGCAGCAUCUUGCAGAGGCAGGGGCAUCAAAAAUCUAUGCGAUCGUGACACACGGAAUACUGAGUGGGAACGCGCUGAAGAAUGUGGAGGAGAGCGCGCUGGAAAAGCUGAUAGUGACGAAUACGUUGCCUCAAUCGGCAAACCAGGCCAAGUGCAGCAAAAUCGAAGUGAUCAAUAUCGGGCCAGUUCUCGGGGAGGUGAUCAGACGGAGUCACUAUGGGGAGAGCGUGUCGAAGCUAUUCCACGAGGUGCCAUACUGAUCUAAGGAGACGAUAUGAUAGAUAGACCAGUGGUGUACACAUAUGUACUUAGUGCUCAGUUUCGCCGUGAUUUAGACAUUGACAGACAUUGAUGGGGGAUUGGAUAUGUGUG